CAAGAACAAAAGUUGCAAGAUUUCUCUUCGAUUCAUGUUUAUUUAGCUUUCUCACAAACCUGGAAAACAGUGAUAAAGGCGGAGAGAGUAGUGGAAUCAGGGUCUAAUGGUGGAGAAUCGGAGAAAUCUCUAAAAGAAAAAGGGAAUGAGUUCUUCAAAGCUGGGAACUACCUUAAAGCCGCAGCUCUCUAUACUCAAGCCAUCAAGCUCGAUCCUUCUAACGCUACUCUCUACAGUAACCGAGCUGCUGCAUUUUUGAGUCUAGUUAAGCUUAGCAAAGCCUUAGCUGUUGCUGAGACUACCAUCAAACUCAACCCUCAAUGGGAGAAGGGGUACUUCAGGAAAGGUUCUGUGCUUGAAGCCAUGGAAAAAUACCAAGAUGCCUUGUCUGCAUUUGAAAUGGCUCUGAAGCACAAUCCACAAAGCGCAGAAGUUUCAAGAAAGAUCAAGAGGCUCGGCCAGUUGCACAAGGAGAAACAGAGAGCUCAAGAGCUGGAGAGUUUGAGAUCUAAUGUCAACAUGGCUAAGCAUCUCGAGAGCUUUAAAUCUGAAUUGUCUGCAAACUAUGGAGCUGAAGAGUGUUGGAAAGAGAUGUUUUCUUUUCUUGCUGAGACUAUGGAAACAGCUGUGAAGUCGUGGCACGAGACAUCUAGAGUCGAUACUAGAGUCUAUUUCCUUCUUGACAAUGAGAAAACGCAAACCGAUAAGUACGCACCAGUAGUCAACAUCGAUAAGGCUUUUGAGUCACCAAACACACACAGUAACUGCUUUACGUAUCUGAGGCAAUACGCAGAAGACUCCUUCUCCAAAGCUGCUUGCUUAGUAACAGCAAAGAGUAGUAUAUCUUAUCCGCAGGUGUGGAAAGGUCAAGGCUCAAGGAAGUGGAAACUGGGACAAAACGAUGGGAUCUUUGUUCAGUUUGAGUCUCCUUGUAUUCGAAGUGUUUGGUUCAUUCCUAGCACCAAAGAAAAGGGUCAAACGUUUUGCAGGGAACCUCAAGCUCUAGAUAUAGGCGCACAUGAGAUUCUACCUCGCAUCUUCAAGGAAACAUCGAAGAGCUCGUAAGAGGGCAUUGCUGUGUUUCAGCAGGAGUCCGUCUCUAUAUCCAGUUUUUGAUCAAGGCUGAAAAGAAGAGAUAAAAGAGUUCUCCUGCGCUACUCAGAGGACCAGCAUGUUUCUUCUUACUUGAGAGCUUAUCUUAUUCUGCAUUAACAUUAUUCAGGAUGUCUUCAAGUGUGCAGCAACCUUUGUGUGCGUUUAGAUUGCUUCAAAAAAAAAAAAGGCCACACGGUCUCACUUUUGCACUUUCUCUUAUAAUUAAAACUGAAAAACUGUACUUGCGCAAGCUACUUUGCAUCCUCUCUAAACCCUUGUUAUCGAGGUUUAAGCCGUUGAAGUAAGGAGUCUGAUUUUGAUUCAUGCAACUCUUUUCAAGCCUUGUGGUAUUUGUAAAGAUUCGGAGAGUCUUUGUUUUAAGUC